GUCGCGAACAAGGAACCGAUCGAACAUGUGCAGUGAAUAAUUGAUAUCUUUCCAUGCAACAGCGAUUGGCAGAACAUGCAAAAACAUUCGUUGCCUUUGUAGACCCGCGGCGUUUGCAGUUGGCUGCUUGGUGGCGUCGCGCGUGCCUCGGGGGUCCGCGCUGUUUCACGAGAUGAUGCUCGCAAUGACAUAGCGCGCAUCUUACACCUGCUUCCUUCUCUUACCACAUCGAGCCUUCCACCCACCAAAGACUCACCCUGGUGGCUGGCCCACAAAACCAGUACUCCAGCACCAUAAACAACCUCACCCUUGGAAUUCCGUUGUUCCCCUCCGCCCAUCAACUCGCGUCCCCCCACCAUCCCGCCGCGAAAGCUGCACCAUGUACAUGUCCUUGCACGAGCAAGAACUAUGCCGACAUCUGCGCGAACUCCCACGACGACACAACUAUCGCUUCGAACUCGCCGCUGACCGAGAGCUGCGCGAGAUUCUCUUCCGCUCUCUUGCUGGCCGCCCCGAAUUCCUAGCCCACUUCUUCCCCAAUGGGCUUCCGACGGAUGCGGAGAAGCCUUGGAGUCUGCGCGACGCCCAGGGUGCUGUAGAAGGCGCUGAAUACACACCAGCGGCGAGAGGAAAGCCGUGUGGGCAUAUAUUUAAGAACGGCGAGGCUACAUACCGGUGUAAGACUUGCAGCGCAGACGACACUUGCGUGCUGUGCGCCCGCUGCUUCGAUGCAUCCGACCAUGAGGGGCACCAGGUCUUUGUCAGCGUGUCGCCAGGCAACUCUGGCUGCUGUGACUGCGGAGACGACGAGGCCUGGAUACGGCCGGUACACUGCAACAUACACUCGAUAGACCCUGAGCGCGAGUCCAAGGCUGCAGGCAAGGCGAGAGAGGGUUCUAUGCUACCAGACGAACUCGCAGAGACCAUUCGCACCACCAUUGCACGGACCCUCGACUACCUCAUCGACGUCUUCUCCUGCUCCCCGGAACAACUGCGCCACCCCAAGACGGAAGAGUCGAUCCUCGACGACGAGCGCAAGUCGCGCCUUACCUCGCGAUGGUACGAGCCGGGUGACGAGACAGAGGAAUGCGACGAGUUCUGCCUAGUACUGUGGAAUGAUGAGAAACACACGGUCAACGACGUCAGAGAUCAGGUCGCUCGUGCGUGCAAACAGAAGCUGGCGUUCGGCCUGGCAAAGGCCUAUGAGAUCAACGACGUCGGCCGCAGUGCCAUAGUCUACAGGACCGACUUGAAAGACCUCCUUCGCAUGGCCAAGAUUAUCGAGGAGAUCAAGCUCACUGUCACCAUUCGAUCCGCGAGAGACACGUUCCGAGAGCAGAUGGGUGGUGUACUCAUUGAGUGGAUACAGGAUAUUGCAGGCUGCAGUGUCGGCGAGGAUAACCAGAUACUUCGCCGCACCGUCUGUGAAGAACUCCUUAAGCCAUGGCGCAUUGGCAGCGAAGCAUCUAACCAAAGUAUUGGUAAGAAUGGCUUGGACGAUCACGAGAUGGAAGACAAGGAAGCUGAAAUGGAUGGCUUCUUCAACGGCAUGCUGUUACAACGACGAGCUCGUAUCAUCCGGGUCCAGCGACAGCGAACCACCGAUACCAAUGAUGACACUACAGCCUCUGAUGACGACGACGAUGAUGACGGUGGGCCUGCAGCAGACACCCAAGAUGAUAUGGACAUUGACGAGGUCGGCGCUCAGGACAAUGAUGGUGACGUGGAGAUGGAGGCAUACGAAAGCGCAGACGAGGCGCUUGAAGUGUCUGAAGCCACAAUGGCAGGCUACCCUGCUCCCCCACCACCGCCACCACCGCCUGCACAACCGCAGCGUGCUCGGCUUGAGCAGAGUGUCACUCCGGCCGAGUCAGAUAGCGAGCCCAUGGCACCGUCUCUUAGCCAUGCUGAACCGAUACUGCCGGUUCCAGAGACGCCUCAUACUCGGUCACUACCACUACGGCCAGCGCGGCCAGCCAAAUACUGGUUAGAACGGCCUGAAGGCUACGGUAAGAAGCCUGGAACACCACCUCACGAAGACCUCUGGCAACGUCUGAGGCUUGAUCACUUGAUAUUGUAUGAUUUGCGCAUGUGGAAGCAAUUGCGCAUCGGUAUCCGCGAUGUCUUCAUCAGCACCGUCGUCACCAUCCCUGAGUUCAAGCGCCUCUUAGGUCUACGCUUUGCUGGCGUCUAUACUGCUCUCGCACAACUUUACCUCAUUGCCGACCGUGAGCCUGACCACUCCAUCAUCAACCUUUCUCUGCAGAUGUUGACAACUCCGUCUAUUACGUCCGAGGUUGUCGAACGUGGCAACUUCCUUACAAACCUUAUGGCUAUUCUCUACACCUUCUUGACCACCCGUCAGGUCGGUUACCCUUCAAACGUCGACCCCAAAGCGACACUAGCUUUCGAACAAGGGGCUGUGACUAAUCGUCGAAUGUACCACUUCUUCCUCGAUAUGAAGUACCUUCUGGGUUCCGAAUUUGUCCAGGAGAGAAUUCGCGAAGAGCCACGGUACCUCUUACAGUUCUUAGACCUCGUAAAGCUUCACCAAGGUAUCUGUCCAAAUGUUCGCCAAGUGGGCGAGCAUCUGGAGUUUGAGUCGGAAGCAUGGAUCAGCGCUUCUCUCAUCACCAGAGAAAUCAACAAGUUGUGUAGACACUUUGCAGAGUCGUUUGCCUGGAACCGCGAUCAGGACCCAUCAAACAUUCAGCGUGCUAUACGUGCGGCUGCCAAGGUAGCCAUCAUCAACUCUCUAGGCGCUGAACGUAGACGCUUUGACCAGACCGAGCUCAAAGAAGAGACGAGGUUCAAGAUAUUGGAGGUCUUUGAAUUCGACGCUGAACCCUCUACUUUCUAUGGGCCAUCGUACAAGGUUGUCGAUUAUGUUGUCGCGACACAGCCCAUGAGUUUCCAUCACGCACUCCAUUACACUCUAUCAUGGCUCAUUGAUCGAGCGCGGAGCAUGGAUCGGAACGACAUCUUGCGCUUGCUUCUGUUCUCACCCAGCGAACUGCAGAUGGACUUCAACCCGGCCAUGGUGUCCAUUCCCGUGCACCAACCUGAGGAGUACCUACUAGCCAUGUUCGACUUCCCCCUCCGAGUGUGCUCAUGGCUAGCUCAGAUGCGCGCAGGCAUUUGGGUCAGGAACGGCAUCACAUUACGACAUCAGAUGACGCAGUAUCGAAGUGUAUCACAGAGAGACGUAUCGCACCAGCGAGACAUCUUCCUCCUACAAUCUGCACUUGUUCUCUGCAAUCCGUCGGUCUUCCUCGCAUCGAUGAUUGACCGAUUCGGACUAAACGGAUGGAUGACUGGCAAGUAUGAAGCCAGUCACCAUGGUUUCGAGGACAGUCAAGCUAUCGACGUGGUUGAGGACUUUGUGCACCUGCUCAUCAUCAUUCUCAGCGAGCGUACGUCGUUGAUACCUGCGGAGGACAACGAUGAGUCUCAAUUAGCAUCUAUGCGCAAGGACAUUGCUCAUGUGUUGUGCUUUAAGCCACUCUCUUUCUCUGACAUGACCGCACGCCUGUCGGACCGAAUUCAGAACAUGGACGAGUUUCCUGCUGUCUUGUCUGAAAUGACCAAAUUCCGAGCUCCGGAGGGAUUGUCUGAUAGCGGGACUUUCGAAUUGAAGGAAGAGUACAUCGAUUUGGUAGAUCCUUACCUUCACCAAUACAACCGCAAUCAGAGAGAGGAAGCAGAGAACACAUACAAGGCCUACAUGUCCAAGAAGACUGGAAAGCAAGCUAGCGACAUCGUCUAUGAGCCGAAGCUCCGCCCGAUUCCUUCAGGUCUGUUCCAAGACUUGUCGGCAUUCACUAGAACACCGUUGUUUACACAGAUCAUAUACUACCUACUGGCAUACGGGCUAAGGGCAGGAUCUGCCACACCGAGCAUACCAGCCACUCGCGUGGAAACAUACAUCCAGUUCGUCUUACAGCUCCUUCUUGUGGCUAUUCUUGAGGACAAGAGCGGGGAUCAUGUAUGGUCUGAAAAGAUGCCCGAUUCUUUUGUCACGUCAGUCUUGACCAAAAACGCGAAUGUGGGCGUCAAAGACCACCCCACUGUUCUAUCGAUCCUGAAGACCUUGCAAGACAACGAAGCUUUCAAAGCAUGCGAACCAAAGAUAAGCCUGAUCCUCCAUAGGCUAAAACAACGCCAACAAGAAUCUUUCAUCAUUGCAGCAGCAGCAAUCAAUAUGCCAGCCGACAGGAUGGAUACUGCCUCACCCGCACCUCAGGACAAGGAACACAAAGAGCUCAAGAAGAAGCAAGCACUCGACCGACAGGCGAAAGUCAUGGCAGCCUUCAAAGAGCAACAGGGCAAGUUCUUGGCCAACCAGGAGUUUGACUGGGGUGAAGAUGACUUUAGCGACUUGGAAGAUGAGACCGGCGGACUCGUUGAGCAGGAGAAGACCCUAAAAUACCCCUCCGGCACAUGUAUAUUGUGCCAGGAAGACUGUAACGAGCAGAGACUCUACGGUUCUUUUGGAUACAUCUCCGAGAGCAGAAUCAUGCGGCAAACUCCUCUUGAUGAUGAAGAGUGGGUGGACGAAGUCGUGCAGACGCCGGUCAGUCUUGAUCGAUCUGCUGAAGACCUGCGCCCGUUCGGUGUGGCCGGCAAGAACCGGCGCACGGUAGAGAAAGUCACUGCUUCAGGCGAGCGCGUUACCAGCGAACGGCAAGAACUAGGAAAAGGAUUCCCUCCUCUUUCGGUUACACCUGGUCCAGUCACUACUGGCUGCGGGCACAUCAUGCAUUUCGCAUGCUUUGAAGUAUACCUGAAUGCUACGCAGAGGCGUCAUGUCAGCCAGAUUGCGCGCAAUCACCCCGAGCGGCCUGAGCUAAAGGAGUUUAUGUGUCCCCUGUGCAAAGCCCUUGGAAACAUUUUUUUGCCGAUUAUCUGGAAAGCAAAGAAGGUGUCUAGCACGGGUGUGCUUGAGACAGAGGAGCCAUUUGAUACCUGGCUGGAAUCACAACUGGUUGCAACCCACAAGAGUCUGGAGAAGGGUCUAAAGGUUCCAGCGGACUUGUCUCACGAUCAAAAGAUGCUAUAUGAAUACGCAGAACGGGACUUCAUCCAGCCAAUAUCGAGUCGCUUACCCGAUCUCCUGAAGCCACCGCUACCUUCGACUGGCCUUGCUCUGUCGCAACCAGGACAACUUGCCCCUCGGUUCCAGGUCCCAGCGUUCUUAGGUGUGCAGCCUCCCGAGACCGCUGAAGCUGGAUUAGGAUCUUCUCAAAGUAGUCCGGCUCUCACACAGGAUGUCCCAAUGGGAGAAUUGAUCAAGAUCUACCAUAGGCUGAGAGAGACCCUGAAAGUCAACAACGUUCACUCCUCGUUCGCAUAUCCGCAUACACCAGCAGUGACAAACGACUUCACGCAUACCGAUGCCCUUGCACAAGCUCUUGGGUAUUCUAUCGCCGCCGCCGAGAUUGCUCAGCGAGGCGUGCAGUCAGAAUCGGUGCGCGGGACGUUGAUCGACAAAAUCUCUCCGCAAGCGAUCACCCAUCUCCGGGUGUUUUCUGAGACUGUCUCGUCGUACAUCGCCAUCGGAAGUCUUCGUGGUCAGGGGCCAACCAAGACCACGGAUGAGUUUUCAGAAAGCCAGCGUCGCCAGUUCCGCCAGCUGUUGGUCGGACAUCCAGGCAUCUCUGACCCAGACGUAUUGAGUUUCGACCUGAAGAGCAUCGCACCACUGCUAUGCCAGGACCCAUUUAUCUUCCUCUCAGAGUGUGCGGUAGGCGUCGUGCCGGCAACCAAUCUCGACAUUCAUCACAUAAUGCGGCUGUGUUACCUUGCUGAGAUCGUUCGGGUAGUCUUUGUUUUCGCACUAGGUGUGAAGAACCAGGCGGCCGAGGAGAUGGCACUGCAUCCAGAACCCUUCGUGUCGUCCCCCGAGCAAUUUGUCAGUGAGGAGAAAGUCGGUAACGGGUUCGUGUCGUCACCUGACCAGAUGAACAACCUGCUCUUCUUUGUCUGUGUCGUCUUUAACGUCGUCAACACGGGCGACUCACCCGCCUCAUUGGACACAGAUAACAUGUCCAUUCCGUCACAGUUCAAAGAACCCAACUUCCUCGGCUUCAUACAAACCAUGGUUUCAACCUACGCUCUGCCUUUCGUCCGUAAAGCGGCCAUCCUCAUGCAUGUGCGCUACGGCAUCGACCUCCCACUUGUCGCUGCCGAACGCGCAGACGAGCCCGAACUCCCACGUCUUUCCUCCAUCCUCCGACUACCGUCCCUCGACGAGAUAUUUGCCUCCUUCGCUAGCAAUACAUCAGCAGCCCACACGACCCGUUCCAUCGUAGGAGGCUGGCUCCGCCAUCUCCUCUGGGCGCAAGCUGGCAACAACCCGCUCAAGCCCGUAGUCUCGCUAUCCCACCCCGCCAUCUUCGAACUCGUCGGCCUACCCAAGAACUACGACACCCUAACCGACGAAGCGAUACGCCGCCGCUGCCCAACAACCGGAAAAGAACUGACAGACCCCGCACUCUGCCUCUUCUGCGGCGAGAUCAUGUGCAGUCAAGCCGUAUGCUGCAUGACGAAUAAGAAUCGUGGAGGCUGUAACCAGCAUUUGGCAAAGUGCGGCGGCCAAAUUGGUCUCUUCAUGCACAUACGCAAAUGCAUGAUUCUCUUCCUCAAUCUCGAUCACGGCACCUGGCACGUCGCUCCUUAUCUCGACAAGCACGGUGAAGUUGACCCUGCGCUGCGCCGUCACCACCAACUUUUCCUAAACCAGAAGCGGUAUGAUGCGUUGCUGAGGAAGGUCUGGCUGGAAGGCGGAGUGCAGAGCCUGAUUGCGAGGAGGCUGGAGGGCGAUGUUAAUAAUGGGGGGUGGGAGAGUUUGUAGAUUUCGGGUUUCAUCGUUAUGAUUGUAUGAGUGUGGGGUCUAUAGUAGGCGUUUUGGAAUUGAUUAUUUAUAAUUUGGCAUGUUGUGCAGGUGUAUGAUGUGGUUUAUGGUUACCUGAGUCAUUGUAGAAAGUAGCAAGUACGUCUUGUCUAGUGGGGAG